AGUUGACAGACAUUGAUCACGUGUGUUGGUUUUUGUCCUGUAGCGGUAAGGGCCAGCAGUCAGGUGUUUCCAGCUAUGGCACAUGCAUGCACUGCUGCUCUCGGGGAGAGAAUGACCGCAGCUUGUGUACCCACUGCAGGUCUGACAGGUGGAGAACAGGUCGYCACCGGYGAUAAGCUGCAUGCCGGCAGUUGCUUYGUUGGAAGCGUUCCRAAGGCAGGUGGCAUCGYUUUGCWCUCGAGCUCUAGCAGCCUGUUUGGCACAGUGAGGUGUGCCGUCCCGGGAGCGACGAGCGAGAAGGUGGCGGUGUCGCACAAGGCGCAGGCCCAUUGCACCCGGGCGACAGGCGGACCAAACAAGGGCGUGAUGGCGAUGGCGAACRCUGSCASAGUUUCUUCGCCGAGCAGCUUCUCAGAGGAAAACGACGAGGAGCGGGUGUUCAACUUUGCAGCCGGUCCCGCCACCCUCCCUCUCAAUGUGCUAAAAAAAGCACAGGCAGAGCUUGUCAAUUGGCGGGGCUCCGGCAUGAGUGUCAUGGAGAUGAGUCAUCGCGGCAAAGACUUCAUGGCUAUCAUUCAGAAGGCGGAGGCCGACCUGCGCGCGCUGAUGGGUAUCCCCGACGACUAUUAUGUGAUGUUUCUCCAGGGAGGGGCAACACAGCAGUUCUCCGCAAUUCCCCUGAAUCUCUGCGCUCCGGACGAUGUCGUCGACCAUGUGAUCACAGGCUCAUGGAGCUCGAAGGCGUACGAGGAGUCGCAGAAGUACUGCAAGGCGAACGUGGCGGUGAACGCGAAACCGACUAAGUACACUGUCAUUCCAGCACGUGGCGAGUGGCAACUCACUCCCGGCGCUCGGUAUGUGCAUGUGUGCGCCAAUGAGACCAUCCAUGGCGUCGAGUUCAAGGAAUUCCCAGAUGUUGGCGAUGCCAUACUGGUUGCAGACAUGUCGUCGAACUUCUGCUCCAAACCUGUCGACGUGUCGCGCUUUGGCGUCAUUUACGCGGGGGCGCAGAAGAACGUUGGCCCCUCGGGAGUCACCAUCGUCAUCGUCAGGAAGGACCUCGUUGGGCACGCGCAGCCACAAACUCCUAUCAUGCUCGACUGGAAGACGCAGGCAGACAAUGACUCUCUGUAUAACACGCCGCCGUGCUAUGCGAUCUAUAUGUGUGGGCUUGUGUUCGACGACCUGCUGGCGCAAGGAGGGCUGGAGGUCGUCGAGCAAAAGAACAAGGAAAAGGCCAGCCUGCUUUAUGAUGCGAUCGACAACAGCGGCGGAUUCUAUAGAUGCCCAGUUGAAAGCAGUGUGCGCUCGCUGAUGAAUGUUCCCUUCACAUUGGCAGUGCCAGAGCUCGAGGCACAGUUCCUGAAGGAGGCAACUGCUCAGGGACUGGUUCAGCUGAAGGGACACCGCUCAGUGGGUGGUGUGCGGGCGUCCAUCUACAAUGCCAUGCCAAAGGCUGGUGUUGAGAAGCUUGUUGACCUUAUGAAGUCCUUCCAAGCAAAGCACUCGUCGUAAUUUUGCAGAUCAUCAUGUGUGUGUGUGUGUGUGUGUGUGUGUGUGUGUGUGUGUGUGUGUGUGUG